AUGACUUCUUUUAUCUCAUUCCUCCUCCUCUCUCCGGCUAUCUACCUCCCUCCACAAGGACCGACCCUUCUUAAGGACGGAGGGAAACUCUCCUUCACAUCACUACGGCGACGCUUCUUCUCUCCUCCUCCCAGUGAGUCUAGUGUGGUAGCUGGAAUGGAGCUCGUGGCCGCAUUGUACGCCUCCUGUUUAGUUCUGACUGUGGAUUUGCUCUGUGUGUCCGGUCAUCUUACAGGCACAGAGAUGCCCUGUAAGGACUUCAGCCCCUCACCCUCCACACCCACCUCAGUCCAUGAACUUAGGCCUGGAGAUAUCAACGUGGUGGCUGCUUUGGGAGACUCUUUGACAUCAGGGAACGGUAUCGCAUCCGGCCCUGGCAACCUCCUGGACGUCUUGAAUCAGUACAGAGGUUUAUCCUGGAGUAUUGGUGGAGAUGAAAACCUCACAACUGUCACCACGCUGCCCAACAUCUUAAAACAUUUCAACCACAACCUGAUGGGCUACUCUGUUGGCAAGGGCAUCCAGCAAACUCCUCAGGCAUUCCUCAACCAGGCUGCAGCAGGAGCUAAGACCUAUGACAUACCAAAACAGGUGCGAGCCCUGGUGGCAAGGAUGAAGAAAAACUCUAGAAUCAAUUUUGAAUUAGAUUGGAAGGUGAUUACCCUUUUUAUUGGUGGAAAUGACAUGUGUGUCCACUGCUUCAACUCUCUCUUUUACUCUAAAGAGAAUUAUAUUCGCAACAUUCGAGACAGCCUGGAUUAUCUACACAAAGAGAUACCUCGGGCUCUGGUGAACUUAGUAGAGCCUCUCCAUAUUGUACCACUGAGAGAAAUGCACAGUGACACUUCACUGAAAUGUCCAACUUGGCUGCUAAAAAUACUGUGUCCUUGUGUUAUUUUGCCAAUGCCCAACUCUAAAGCUCUGCAAAUGAUGGAGGACAUCAAUAGAAACUAUCAGCGUUCACUGCAUGAGCUUGUGGAGUCAGGCCGGUACGACACUCGCUCAGACUUCACUGUGGUCAUCCAGCCUUUUUUCAGAAGCGUCGUCGUCCCCAGACUGACGGAUGGUCGUGUAGAUCGCUCCUUUUUCAGCGCUGACUGCUUCCAUCCCAGCCAGAAGGCCCAGACGAUGUUAGCUCGCUCCCUCUGGAACAACAUGCUGGAACCUCUGGGCAAUAAGACUACCAUACUGGAUUUUACUGUAGCCCUUGACUUGAAAUGUCCAACUACGACUUCACCAUUCAUCCGUACCUAUAACAACAGCAAUUACAUAUAUGGUGACCCCUCUCCAACACCUGGACCUAUCACAAACUGGGAAUCUGAUUUCUCCUGUGUGGACCUUGCUCCAUCUGACACUGUGCCAACUUCAGUUCACAAGCUGAGACUAGCAGACAUCAAGGUGGUGGCAGCACUAGGAGACUCAACAACGGAUUACAUCUUGAAGAAGUUCAACCCCUUCAUAAAGGGCUUCUCCAUGGGCCAAGGUUCCAGCCAGAAGUUCUUCAACACGGCUGUACCUGGAGCUGAGACUUCGUUCCAAGAAAUCUUAUUUUUUUACAGGGCCAGCUGCCCCUGUGUUAUCAAUCCAGCUGUAAACUCCCUUGAAGAGAUAAAACAAAUCAAUCGCAAGUAUCAGGCUGAGAUCGAGCAUCUUCUUUCUGGAAAUCGCUAUGAGGGAAAAGAAGACUUUGCUGUUGUCCUUCAACCCUUUUUACACAAUUCCUUUAUCCCUUAUAUUGGAGAGGGUGAGGUUGACUCAAGUUUCUUCUCUGUGGACUGUUUCCAUAUCAGUGAGCGAGCGCAUGCUGAGAUGGCCAUUGCCUUGUGGAAUAACAUGUUGGACCCAGUAGGCAGAAAGCAGAACUACAACAACUUCACAUAUGACCGCUCAAAGAUCCACUGUCCCUCUGAGGCCAAUCCCUUCAUCUUCGCUAAGAUCAACAGCCUACCAAGUCCACCAGUGAGCACCACCAGUCCUGCACCAACCAUCCCUGUGCCAAAAUGUCCCUCCUCCAUGCCUGUAUGGGUGCCAGUAAUUGUGGGAAUUGUUAGUUUACUGGCUGGCAUUGUUUUUGCCUGGCUAAUUCUCUCCAGCUGUCAGUGUCGGAAAAACAAAGUGGAGAAAGAUGUAGAAAUAAAAGGAACUAGUUUUUAAUGCAGUUGUUGUUGUGAUGCUGUAUUUAUUGUCAACAGUAUAU